AUGGCCUCUGAUGCCCCAGCAAACAUGUUGAAGGAACCCACAGUUAACACUGAUCUUGGGACCACUUACUCCUGUGCAAGAGUCUUUCAACAUGGUGUAACAGAUUUUCAAUUAUUCAAUGGGAAAGUGGAGAUCAUUGCUAAUAACCAAGGCAACAGCACCACCCCCAGCUAUGUUGCCUUUGCCCCCAUAAAAUGUUUAAUUUGUGAGACUGCAAAGAAUCAAGUUGCAAUGAACCCUACCAAUGCAGUCUUUGAUGCCAAACAUCUGAUUGGUCACAGAUUUGAAGACCUAGUCGUACAGUCAGACAUGAAUCAUUGGCCUUUCAUGGUAGUGAAUGAUGCAGGCAGAUCUAAGGUCCAAGUGGAGUACAAAGAGGAGACCAAAAGUUUCUAUCUAGAACUAUCAUCUAUGGUCUUGACCAAGAUGAAAGAAAUUGCCGAAGCUUACCUUGGGAAGACUGUCACAAAUGCUGUUGUUACAGUACCAGCCUACUUCAAUGAUUCCCAGCAUCAGGCCACCAAAGAUGCCAGAGCCAUUACUGGUCUCAAUGUGCUCCGAAUCAUCAAGCCAAAAGCUGCUGCUAUUGCUUAUGGUUUGGACAAAAAAGUUGGUGCCCAGAGAAAUGUGAUCUUUGACCUUGGAGGUGUCUCCAUCCUUAUCAUUGGAGGCAUCUUUGAAGUCAGGUCCACAGCUGGGGACAUCCACUUGGGUGGUGAGGACUGUGACAACUGCAUGGUUGACCAUUUCAUUGCAGAGUUCAAGAAAAAGCACAAGAAGGACAUCAAUGAGAACAAGAGGGCUGUCCACCAUCUGUACACUACUUGUGAACAUGCAAAGUCCAUCCUCUCUUAGACACAGGCCAGCAUUGAGAUUGAUUUCCUCUAUGAGGGUAUCGACUUCUAUACCUCUAUCACCUGGGCUCAUUUUGAAGAGCUGAACACUGACCUCUUCUGUAGCAUUUUGGAACCCAUGGAAAAGGCCCUCAGAGAUGCCAAGCUAGAUACAUCACAGAUUCAUGACAUUGUCUUGGUGGAUGGUGUCACUCAAAUUCCCCAAAUCCAGAAGCUUCUUCAGGACUUCAUCAAUGGCAAGGAGCUCAACAAGAGUAUCAAUCCUGAUGAGGCUGCUGCCUAUGGUGCAGCUGUCCAGGCUGCCAUCUUGCCUGUAGAUAAAUCUGAGAAUGUGCAGGACUUGCUGCUGCUGGAUGUUACUCCUCUUUCCCUUGGAAUUGGAACUGCUGGUGGAGUCAUGAUCAAACGCAAUACCACCAUUCACACCAAGCAGACUUGGACAUUUACGGCCUACUUUGACAAUCAGCCUGGUAUGCUUAUUCAUAUUUAUGAAGGUAAGAGAGCAGUGACAAAGGAUAGACACCUGCUUGGCAAGUUUGAGCUCACAGGAAUGCCCUCUAUGCCCCCGGGUGUCAUCGAUGCUAAUGGCAUCCUCAAUGUCUCUGCUGUGGAUAAGAGCACAAGCAAGGAGAACAAGAUCAUCAUCACCAAAGAUGGUCAUCUGAGCAAAGAAGACAUUGAGCACAUCCUCCAGGGGGCGGAGAAGUACAAGACCGAAGAGGAGAAGCAGAGAGACAAGAGGUCUUCCAAGAAUCCUCUCGAGUCUUAUGCUUUCAACAUGACUGUUGAGGAUGAGAAACUGCAAGUUGGUGAUGAAGACAAACAGAAAAUCCUUGACAAAUGCAAUGAAAUAAUCUACUGGUUGGAUAAGAAGCAGAUUUCCAAGUUUCAUCUUCUUUGUCUCUAUAGCACCUCUUGCAUUAAGAUGUGUAACUAUGUAUUUUUCUACUUAAAACAAAAAGGGUUGAUCAUCUCUACAUAG